GAAAUCUGAUUGGCUAUUGAUGAGGCUCCCUUACAAAACGACACAGCCAAGCACAAGAGAAUGUCUGUUCUCUUUAGUGAAUAUUGGAGAUUUAUGAUCAUAUUCAUAGCCUAUGUUAACGUUUGAACGCAGUUCACAUAUAGAAGCAUUUAAGCUCUACUAGACAUCGUGGCUUUGAUUCCACAAGCUUUGAAACUGGGUCUAUUAUGUAAUGAUGGUCGCUGUGUGCCGAGGGACGAAAGCAUUUGGAUGUAGAAUAAGCUAAACUUUCUGCAGUUUAGAUAUGAGGUUUGUAUUUUCGGUAUCAGAUACUAGGUCUGGAAGCUUGUUUUAUCAUGGUAAGACCUAAACGACUAUCCAAAAGGAAGCCAACACGCUAUGGAUAUUCUACUCCGCUAGCCAAGUCAAAUAUUACUCGAGCCGAAACUAGUGACGGUGCAUCAAAAUCAACAUCUGAAGAACGCAAGCUUACAAAGGUGGGAAAUGCUUUGAAAGGAAAACCUCGUAAGCGGAAAAUUUCAUCCGAGGAAGGAAGCCCAGGACCCCCUCUUAGUGGAAGGGGUGAAGAAAGAGAAUUCAAAACCACAGGCCCCCCGGUAACAACCGAUUGUCAAACAAUCGACCUGAAUAAGCCGAACAAGAAUCUUUCCGAAUCACGAGAAGAUGUGAUAGUCGACCUUAAAAAAGAGAUAAAAGAAAGUACUAAAGUUGAAGCAAGUCAGUCUGCUAGCUUUGUUGAAUCUGAAAGGUUGGGACCAAGACCAUCUGUCAUUGCUGUUGGGAGAAUCUCGGGGGCUUUGGAUAAAAAGAGAAAGAAAACACAUAAGGUGCAAAAACAUACAUCCAGUGAAUCAUCAAAACAAUCAGAACCAGUAACUUUUGUCAUCAACCUUGAUAAAUCAACUAGAAAGACAUCUAGAUCCUUGAAAAAAUCAACCAAAGAAUUAACAAUUCCAGUUGCAUCAAAGACUUAUCCCAAAGCUAGCAAGACAGACAAAAUAAAAAAAUCCCAUGAAACUGAGAAAUGCGAAAUUCUUGAACUAAGCAAUCUAACAGGGGGAGCAAAUCAAAAUGUCUCAGAAUCACCUGGUGUGGAAGAGCCCUCCGAUGUGACAUGGUCAUAUGAGAAAAGCGUGAGUGACUUAUGCCAAGCUAUUCCUAAACAUGACCCUAGGCUGUUUAGUCAAGACGAAGAUGGUGACACGUACUUGCACAUCGCCAUAGCACAGGGUGACAAAAAUCUUGUCUCUUACUUUAUAAGAGAGAUGCAUCACGUGACCUUGAACAUCUACAACAAGCUUAGACAAACCCCUCUUCAUCUCGCAGCCAUCACGAAACAAGCGAGCCUGGUGCAAGCAUUGCUGGAAGCGGGUGCAGAUCCGAACCUCACUGAUCGUAACUGCCAGACUGCGUUACACUUGGCAUGCCAGGAGAAUGAUGUAGAGACCCUACGGGCCAUAGGUCACGCAUUCUCGAGCUGCUCCCAGGAGCCAGAUGUGAGAGCUAUGAACUCGCAAGGCAUGACUCCGUUACACUUGGCGACUCUAAAGGGCAAUCGCGAGCUGAUUACGGAGCUACUGCGCAUGGGCGCAGAUUUAAACGUGGAGGAUGGCAAUAGCGGCAGAAGCCCGCUGCAUCAUGCGGUAGAGUCAGGCCGUUAUCACGUGAUCGAGUUCCUCUUGUCACGUGGCGCCCUCGUGAACCAGCGCACGUUUUCUGGUAACACUGCCAUGCACACCGCCGCCGGUCGACAGAUGGAUGAAGUCGUGUCUCUACUCGCGAGUUACGGCGCCGAUGUAAACAUCCAGAACAGAGAGGGGGACAUCCCUCGCGUGGCUUAUGCAGGAAGUGAUAGGGAAAGAAAGCAGAUCGCGUUUUCUCGCAGCUUACCGAAGCAACCAAAGCGGCAAAAGGUUCCCGACACGUGAGUCUGUGAGUAUUGUGGGAAAAACUCCCAAAUGGAAUCCCCAUAAAUUGACCGUUUUCCAGGUAACGGGGGUCCUGUGGAGCGUGAAAGCGAGGCUUUGUCUGGUUGGAGAGCUGCGCGACCGUCGACUUACGAUAAAGCUUGAGGUUAAACAGCUAGUUACAACAGACUGAAAUGUAGUUAAACUUAGUAAGAAAAAAUAUGCAAAUAUUUGCGAGAUGCUGCCGGAAAAAUCCUGGCUUUUGCGCGAAAAUCAUCUGAAAAACGCCCCAUUACUGCAAGUACAGAAGAAUCACAGCCGACGACCAAGCUCUUGGUAGCACGUUAAGCCAUGCAAAGGACAAAUAGUUUCGUUUUUCAGUUGUUUAUUUGAAUCAAUAUUGGUAAGAAUAGCGUAAAUAUACGAUUUUUUCUAAUGAUACACACCAACUUUUCUGCGUCCAAUAAAUAGAAAGUUUACUUUUACACAUAAUGCUAUUUACAUUGUGUUUUUGUUAAAAUUCCACCGUUUAAACAUUUUGUUUAAUGUACAAAUAGAUACUCAUUGUCUAAGCUACCAUAUAGUGUAACUUAUGUGAUAAAUUGCGUAAAAAUAUGUUAUGAAUUAAUAAAAGUUUAUUAUCAUG